ACACUUAUUUUAAGCCUCAGUAUCUCAAAUAUCAGCCCCUACUAGUUGUAUAGUUCUCUCUUAUUUGAUAUCAGAGAGCCCAAUGGAGCCUUCUGAAGUACCCAGUCAGAUUAGCAAAGAUAAUUUUUUAGAAGUUCCUAAUUUAUCUGAUUCUGUUUGUGAAGAUGAAGACAUUGGAGAUAAUUUCAAGCCUGGCUUCUCUCCUCAACCCAGUAGACGAGGUUCUGAAUCUUCUGAAGACAUGUACCUGGACACCCCAACUUCAGGUACCAGAAGAGUUUCAUUUGCUGACAACUUUGGAUUCAAUCUUGUGUCCAUUAAAGAAUUUGAUUGCUGGGAAUUACCGAGUGUUUCAACCAAUUUUGACUUAAAGAAGGAUGUUUUCCAUACUGAAGAGUAUGUACUAUCUCCACUCUUUGAUUUGCCUUCUUCAAAAGAAGAUCUCAUGCAACAACUUCAAGUACAGAAAGCAAUAUUAGAGUCAACUGAAUAUCUUCCUGGGUCUACAAGUAUGAAAGGCAUUAUUCGAGUUUUGAAUAUUUCUUUUGAGAAGUUAGUAUAUGUGAGAAUGUCCUUAGAUGACUGGCAGACACAUUAUGACAUUUUAGCAGAAUAUGUUCCUAAUUCAUGUGAUGGUGAAACUGAUCAGUUCUCCUUUAAGAUUUCAUUAGUUCCUCCUUAUCAAAAAGAUGGCAGUAAAGUUGAGUUUUGUAUACGUUAUGAAACUUCUGUUGGUACAUUUUGGUCAAAUAAUAAUGGCACAAAUUAUGCACUGGUUUGUCAAAAGAAAGAACAAGAGCCAGAGCCUGUGAAGCCACGGGAAGAAGUUUCUAAUAGACAAAUAAAAGGCUGCUUAAAGGUAAAAUCAAGUAAAGAAGAAUCAUCAGUAACAUCAGAAGAGAAUAACUUUGAUAAUUCAAAGAUUACAGAUGCUUAUAUCCCAAGAAUCGUUUAUUCUCAUGAGGACAAGGAAGACUUGGAAACCAGUAAUCAGAAUGUAAAAGACGUAAACAGGGAACAUGAUGAACAUAAUGAAAAAGAAUUAGAGUUGAUGAUAAAUCAACGCUUACUAAGAACUGGAAGUGCCACUUCAAGAGACGAAAAGAACACAUUUUCAACAGAUCCAGUUGAUUUCCCAAAUAAAGCUGAGGGGUUAGAGAAGAAGCAAAUUCAUGGUGAAAUAUGCACUGACUUGUUCAAAAGGCCUUUGUCUCCAAGUUCAUCAGCAGAAAGUUCCUUAAAGGGAGAUUUUUACCACAAUAAAAAAUAUUCCUUUGGAAAUGAGGAUAGUCAUCCAGCUUCAGAGGAAAUUGCUUCAGAUUUGGGAAAAAUCAAGUCAUCACUGGGAGAAACCAGUAGUGAUGAAUUAGUGCAAUUACAUACUGGCAGCAAAGAAGUUCUAGAUGAUAAUGCCAAUCCAGCCCAUGUGAGUGGCAGAGUACAAAUAUUCUGUCCCUCCUCAGAUCGACUAUUGGCAGAAAACCUUAAUAAGAAUCAUGAAGGAGGAGUUAAGAAAAUUGAAAUAACAGAUUGGGAAUGUUCAAGAAGAGAUUUCCAUUCAGAUACAUCCACAUAUCUGGAAGAAUCAACAGAAAAUGUAACUUCCAAAGAAGGUUAUAGCAACAGUAUGGAUGAGAAGAAACAAAGAAUACACUUAGGUGUUCAUGAAAAACAAAGCAAAAAAUUUCAGUCAAUCUUACAUGACCAAGAAGGAAAGAUGGGCCACCCUGAAAUAAGUGUAGAAGGGUUGGAAAUUAGGAACAGAGACCUGUUUCCUGUGCUAGGCAAAGAUACUACAGUUCUGGCCCAGACAAUCACAGCAGACACUUUUCCCUCACCAAGGAAAAAUCCAAAUUGUGAAGACGCUGUAUUCACAAGUCCAGAAAGAGAUGAAGGCACUCCUUUAGAAGGGAUAGCCAGUCAAGCUUGCUCACCAAGAAAUGGAAAUGGUUUAAGGGAUGAUUAUCGUUUCCAAAUUGAAGAAGAAAAAUCAGGUUGGAUUAAUCCUGAAGAUCAGAAUAAGAAUAAACAGCCUAAACAAUAUUGGAAUGUUCUGGAAAGUCAGGAAAAAGCAAGAGAGAGUGAGACAAAUAUAACUCAGCAGAUCAAAGAACAAGCAGAUUGUGAAGACAUGUGCAGAAAAAGAGAUAACAUUAGGAAUUUGAAAGCUACUUCUAGGGAAGAAUUGUUUACCUGCCAAGAAACAGAGCGUUACGAACUGUCUUCUCUAGCUGAUCAUGGUAUUACUGAGAAAGCAGAAGCAGGAACAGCUUAUAUAAUUAAGACAACAUCAGAAAGUACUCCAGAAAGCAUGUCUGCUAGAGAGAAAGCAAUAAUUGCUAAGCUACCUCAAGAGACAGCACGAAGUGACAGGCCCAUCGAGGUAAAAGAAACAGUGUUUGAUCCACAUGAAGGGAGAGAUGAUGAUUCACAUUAUACCCUUUGUCAACGAGAUACAGCAGGUGUAAUCGAUGACAACGACUUUGAAAAGGAGUCACGUUUAGAUAUUUGUAACGUACAUGUAGAUGAAAUGGAGAAGGAGGAAACCACAUCUAUGUACAAUCCCAGGAAGGCACACGACAGGGAGAAAUGUGGCACUGGAAAUAACACAUCGGUUGAAGAAUCUUCACAGGCCAUUACAGGCAAUCAAAAAGCAAUGUCAAAACUGAAUUUACAGUUUGGAACGUUGUCAACAGACAAAAAAAAAAUCCCAGAAAAUAGAGAUCUUGGACAGGUCCAAGGAUUAUCAAAGAAAACAAAUUUAGAUGCUCUGGUUUAUUCUGCUUUUAACUCAGACACUAGCAGAGCUUCUCAGAAUGUUUCUAGCCACCAGACUAAAGUGUCAGUGCCAUCUUGUGAACAGGCAAUUGCUGUAGAGAGUACAACUGCGACCAUGACUCCCCAUUCUAUUCCUACCAAAUCAGAAUAUAAUUGUAAUCCAACCAGUGAAACCCAGGAUCACGCUGUGUCUAAACCCAAAGAAUUUUCCAAAAGUUCAGAAAUAAUGAUAUCAGAUGGUAGAAAAGAAAGAUGUAUAGGCCAGAAUUUUCAACCAGGAGAAUGCAGGAUGGGAAAAUCUCUGGGGCCAAUGAUUUUAAUCAGUGAGCCUCUGGAGAACACAGAAGAGGAAAGGCAUGAAAAUGAAGGAUUAAUAAACUCUGGACAGUCGCGAUGCUCUUCUAGUAACAAAGAAUCUGAUAGCUCUGCUUCUGCUAGUCUCUCUGUCCAGGAAAGUCAAGCUCAAAGCAAUGAGUCUCUACUCUCAAAAUACACCAGCUCUAAAAUAUCUUAUUUCCUUUUGUUUCUGAUAUUUCUUGUAACCAUCUAUCAGUAUGACUUAAUGAUAGGCUUGGCAUUCUACCUUUUAUCAUUGUACUGGCUGUACUGGGAAGAGGGGAGACAAAAAGAGUCUGUCAAAAAGAAGUAACCUUGGCACUUAUUAUUAUUCUCUCUUAAAAGAUAAGCUAUUUAGCCCCAAACAUUUGGAUUGGUGAAAGAGACUAUUCAUUGUUCAAAGAGCCAGUGCAGGUUUUCUCUUGAAGGAUCAUUUAAAAAGGAAUGCGUAUGAAGUUUGCGCCUUCAUAUCAGUAAUUAUUCUAUAUAGGACCAUUAUGUUUGGAUCAUUAAAUACCUAUAUGAAUAUGAGAUCUGAAGCACGUCAAGUUGAAAUUAGGUACAGCUGUUGCUCCUUAGCAGGCUAUGAAGUCGCAAUGCUUCACGUCUCUUCACUACUUAAAGUGCUAUUUCUUGCAUUCAUUUCUUUUGCAGUAAAGCUUCAUUUUUUUUUUUUCCCUGAGAGCACUUUUCCCCCUAUGGCUUUUAAAAAUAGAUAAAUCAUGAACAAUGAAAGAAGAUUUUUUUUUCUUUUGGUCCUUUAAACUUGACCACGAAAUUUGCAUUUACUGCUGUAUCAUUUAUCAGUACAUAUUGAUAGAUCAAAUAUUUCAAAUUUCAUUUCAUAAUUAUAAGAAAAAAUCAUGCAUAUUGAAAUAUGUAAACUUAAAUUGAAAAAGCACACACAUUAUAUUCACAUGAAUUAGACUUCAUACACACACCUUAUACCUUUUUAUGCCUAUGAAGUCAGGGUGUUUAUAAGCCAAAUUUGACCAAGACUGAAACAAUUGGAAAAUUAUUUCUCUAUUCUGAAAAAUUUUGUGGAUGGCCUGUCUUUAAGUGAUGUUUUUCUCUUAUAAAGAGAGACUGUAAUAUAGCUGAACAAUUUCAAUGUCAACUAUUAUUCAGAGUGGAAAAUUUAAAUUAAAAGUUCCACAAGCAUUGUUUCAGAAUGACUUUGUACCUAUAAACAUAAGGCAUUAAAUGAUAAUAAUAAAAAGAUAUCCAAAUGAACUAUGUAUUCUAUGUGUUACUACUUUUGCUUUCAAACAAUUUUUUAAAAUCUUUUAUCUUUUCUCAUGGUAAGGCAAUAAAUUAUUCCCCAAGGUGCAUUUAGAGAACAGUCUCUGGUGAUAUUCAUGAUGUGAUUAGACGGUUUUAAGAAGAUAAUUCAAAAUUUUAAGUAGGUAAAUAGUUAAGUGUGGAAAUCUACUGGAGAAGAAAUGAAAGUCAAGUAUAGCAGUGACUUUGUCUGUUGUAGUUUCCUAUGGCAAAAGAAGUAAAUAGGAGAACUUGUCAUUUUAGUUAGGGAUAAUGCAAGGAUUUAUAUACAAUCUAUUUCAACAACUAUUUGUUGAAGGACUAUAAUCUACAAAACCCUGUGUUCUGUUCUAUGGUGGAGCUUUUCCUUAAGUAUUAUCCAUAGCUACUCCUAGUUUUAAUUAUGUAGUAUGAUCCUUUUAACUUGGCUGCAGGGAUGAAAGCAAGUCACACAAAAGGAGCCUAUGGAGAUGAUUCCUUUUUCAUAGGAACAUGUUUGAUACAGCACAUAAUGUUGACCUUCAGAGGAAAAGAGAUAGUCUAUUCACCUGUAAUGGUAAAUUCAGUGAGUAAAAUCUGCAUGUAUCAGCCCACUAUCAUAAGUGUAUUUUUGAGAAGACGAGAAUCAAACACUUAAAACUGACUUUUAGCUGGUAGUAAAUGAUUUUCUUAAUUUUUAUUAGGUACACAACUAUUUCCCAAUCUCCUAAUGCAUGCAACUCUCAAGUCCCAUUGAAAAUAAAUGCUUGACUUUAAGUUGAGCAAAUAUAAACAUCCUGAAGUAGAACUUAGGGCAAAUAUUUGAUUGUUUGAUAAAGCAUAUUUUCAGUUACUACAAGGGGAAUACUAUAAAUGUACCUGGAAAUUAUCUCCCAAACUGCUGUCCUGAUAUUAUGUUGACAGGUCCAAAUUACAAUGGAGUUAAGUUUAGCAUUUUUCCAGUUCUUACUGGCUUGGUGUUUGAAUUCUACUUUUUAAAGAGUUUUAGUCAAUAUGGCAUCUCAUUAAUGCAAAGAAUACUACAUUACUUUAUGAACACAGGUGCCUGAGUUGAAAUUAUUCCCUUCAAAGAAUAAUAUAACCUCUUUUAUCUCUCUUAUUUGACUUUUCAUAACAUUACUUACCAAAUCUUCUCAUAUGUUUGUAAUCAAACAAUAAGAAGUUUCAAAGGGUUAAAAAUAGUUGUGUAAUUUUUGCAUGCCAUAGAGAAAUAAUUGAUGAUUGAACUGACUUUCCAAACAUUACUAACAAAGAACUUGAAAUAUAGUCAUAAGAACUUGGGAAACUAUUGAUUGCUAGAUGGAGAGGUAGAAUUUUGCAAGCUAUUUUAGUCAUUGCACUAUGUUCAACAAGAAAGGUGGGUCUCAGGAAUAACUGGCAGACCCUGGCUAAUAAAUAUUUGGCUGUGAAUCAUCAUGGGAAGGGUCAUCAUCUUUUAAGCAUAGCUGCUGGCACAGUGUCUCAUAAAGUAAUGAUAAAGAGCCAAAUGAGGGUGUGGCAGAAGAGUCAGCACAGAGGUACCUUGUAUGUCUCCUUUAUGUAUUGAAUAAGAAACUGUCACCUUUCAUCCUGAUGGGCUUCACACUUUUAGAAACAAAAUUCUAAAAAUUAAUUGAUAUGUCAAACAAACACUUAUUUAAAAAGAAGCACAUUUGUAUAAGCCAUAAUACCACAAUGUAUGUCUCAACUAAGAGAAAAUGAAUCAACAAAAUGACAUUUACCCUAAAAUAUUAAAGAACAUUGGGUUAAACCUAGCCCUGCCUUCCUGAUGAGCUCCAAUAAUUUCAUAGUGAAUUAUUUCAAGGAAUACGUGUAUCUAUAUAUUUAUCACUUUUUACAAAAGAAACAGAACAUUUUUGUUUCUGGUUUACAAGGUAAACUUAAAAGUAUUCAGACCAAAUUUUGGGGGAAAAUAAAUGUUUUAUUUUCCCCCCAAAUAGCAUUCAUAGUACUUUCUUCAUAAUAUUUUCCAAGCCAUAAAUAUUAUGUUGCCUUCUCUAUUAGGUUCCCUUUUGCAUAUUGAUAAACUUAAAAAGCAAACAAAAUUAUAAAAAUGAAACAGCAAAACUAGUAAAGAUGUAAGCAGUACCUUUUAUUGAUUUGUUAUAAUAUCUGACCUUGCUUUCAAAUUUUCACUGAGUGAAUAUGUAAACUGAAGCACAUAAUAAGGAUUUUUUAUUUGUUGAAUCCCAUCUUAACCAGUUCCUAUGAAACUGAGCGAUAGGAUAGACUUUGAUUCUGCAACAAGGUAUAAAAGAACUAUGACAGCUCAUGUUCUCUAGAUGCUUCCACAGUUGUGCACCUACCUGAAGAGAACAACUGAAACUAUUCCUUUUAUUUAUUUGAUUAAACUCAUUUUAUUUUUUUUAUGUUUUUGGGAAAAAUUGCAAUAAAAAUCUUGGCACUAUAAUUUUCUUUUCCUUCUUAAAAAUAGAUUUGGUCAUUAAUCCAAUGUUUCCAUCACUUUAUCCAAACCACUUUAAACUGCAAAUUAAAUUUUCAUAAGAUUUUUCAACCUGGCUUUGUGCUUCUUUUGUAAGAAAUGUCUUUAAUUGUAGUGUGCUAAAACCUUAUUAAACAAAC